GCUAAAGAUGGCUCGCAUGUCUAUGUUCAGGUUCUCAGCUGUGGCUCUACUGCUGCUGUCCGCCUGCUGUUGGGCCGACAAUGAGGCAGAGGACAUUGCAGAGGUGGACUCUGGGGAUCUUUCUGUUUCUGAGCUGCUGGAGAGAGCCAACAGUAAUCUGAUCCGCUCCGCCAAUGACCCAAUCCUGAUCGACGGAGACAUCGCCAUCGAGAGCGAGGCCGAGAGAAACGCCGACCCCUGCACCAGCCGAGGCUGCAAGUGGGGCAAGUUCACUGACGGGAAGGUCUACAUUCCUUAUUACAUCACCAACCACUUCUCUUCUCGUGAGAAGUCCAUCAUCACCCGUGGACUGGACUCCUUCUCCUCCUUCUCCUGCAUCCGCUUCAGGCCCAGCAGAAGCAGCGACCGCGACUGGCUGAGCAUCGAGUCCCAGAACGGUUGCUACUCCAUGGUCGGCCGUCGUGGUGGGAAGCAGGUGGUGUCUCUGGCCCGUCGUGGAUGCCUUUACCACGGCACCGUCCAGCACGAGCUGCUCCACGCUCUGGGCUUCAACCACGAGCAGACCCGCUCCGACAGGGACAACCACAUCAGAGUCGUGCUGCAGAACGUUGAGUCUGGAAUGGAACACAACUUCAGGAAGAUCGCCACCCUCAACCAGGGCACUCCCUACGAUUACGGCUCCGUCAUGCAGUACCACAAGUUUGCCUUCUCUAAGAACAACCAGCCCACCAUGGUCCCCAUCCCCAACUCCAACGUUUCCUUCGGCAACGCCAAGGAGAUGAGCCGCAACGACAUCGCCAGGCUCAACACUCUCUACGGCUGCUGAGAAGCCUGCUCAGAUGUUCUGAUGGACGCAGCAGAGGGAAGACUGUCUCCUGGAGCUCUCUGGACCGACCUGAACUCAUCAGAACAACAGUUUAUGAUCAGACUAUAAAGAUACUUUGACCGGAAUACGGCUCUCUCUUUGCAUUCUUUAUUUCAUCACAUCCUUGUUUGUUUUCUCAAAC